GGGCGCGCAGGAGUCCUCCCCCGGCCGCGCCGGGUGGAUGCGGAGCCGCACCGGGUGCAUGGAUUGUGCUCGGGCGCCCGGCUCGGGCUCGGGCUCGGGCUCCGGGCCAUGGCGCCGCCGCCGCCUCCCGUGCUGCCCGCGCUGCUGCUCUUGGCCGCGGCCGCCGCCCUACCCGCGCUGGGGCUGCGAGCAGCCGCCCGGGAGCUGCGCGUGCCCGGCGCCGCCCGCGCCUUCGCCCUGGGGCCGGGCUGGACCUACGCGCUGGACGCCGCGCGCACGCCGCGGGCGCUGCGGGAGCUGCUGGACUUGAGCCGAGACGGGCGGCUGGCGGGGCGGCGGCGCUGGCCCGGCGCGGGGCCCCGGGGCUGCGUGCGCCUGGGGGGCCGCCCGCUGCCGCUGCUGGUCCGCCUGGCGGCCCGCGGCGCCCCGACGGCCCUGAGCCUCCGCCUGAGGGUGCGCGCGCACGGCCCGGGUUGCGGCGCCCAGCUUCGGCGCCGACCCGCCACCGGCGCGGAGCUGCGGGCGCGGGCUGUGCUCACGGUGCCGAGGCCCGGCGCGGUGCUCUGCUUCCCGGCCCCCGGCGGCGGCGGCGGCGACAGUGGCGGGGCCACGCUGCACUCGGCGCUCGCGGUCCUGACCACCUUUCCCGCCUGUAGGUGCCUGCCGCACCCCGGCCCCCGCUGCCCACGCCGAUCCGUCUGCCUGUCGCCCGGGGACUCGGCCCGCCUGCGCCUGCUGUGCGCUCUGCGGCGCGGGGCCGGCGCCAUCCAGGUGGAGCUGGCGCUGGAGGCGGCCUCAGGGACGCCCUCCCCGGCGCUGUCGCUGUCUCUGUCGCCGCCGACCCAGCCCCAGCCCCAGGCCGGGGCGGUGGCGGCGCGGCGGGCUCGGCGGGGCGCUGGCGGCAGCACUACCCCUCAGUUCCCGCUGCCUAGCUACCAAGUAUCCGUGCCCGAGAACGAGCCUGCUGGCACCACGGUCAUCGAGUUGCGCGCGCAUGACCCGGACGAGGGCGAGGCGGGGCGCCUGAGCUACCAGAUGGAGGCCCUGUUCGAUGAACGCUCCAACGGCUACUUCCUCAUCGACACCGCCACGGGCGCGGUGAGCACGGCCCGCGCACUGGACCGCGAGACCAAGGACACGCAUGUGCUCAAGGUGAGCGCCGUGGACCACGGCUCACCGCGGCGCUCGGCCGCCACCUACCUCACCGUCACAGUCAGCGAUACCAACGACCACAGUCCGGUCUUCGAGCAGUCCGAGUACCGUGAGCGCGUGCGUGAGAACCUCGAGGUGGGCUACGAGGUGCUGACCAUCCGUGCCACCGACGGCGACGCGCCCUCCAAUGCCAACAUGCGCUACCGCCUUCUGGAGGGCGCGGGUGGCGUCUUUGAGAUCGAUGCGCGCUCGGGCGUGGUGCGCACCCGAGCGGCGGUGGACCGGGAGGAGGCGGCCGCCUACCAGCUGCUGGUGGAGGCCAACGACCAGGGCCGCAACCCAGGCCCACUCAGCGCCACCGCCAUCGUGCACAUCGUGGUGGAGGACGAGAAUGACAACUACCCCCAGUUCAGCGAGAAGCGCUAUGUCGUGCAGGUGCCCGAGGAUGUGGCCGUCAACACACCUGUGCUGCGUGUGCAGGCCACUGAUCGGGACCAGGGGCAGAACGCGGCCAUCCACUACAGCAUCGUGAGCGGCAACCUGAAGGGGCAGUUCUAUCUGCAUUCCUUGAGCGGCAGCCUGGACGUCAUCAACCCGCUGGACUUCGAGGCCAUCCGGGAGUAUACGCUGCGCAUCAAGGCGCAGGAUGGGGGCCGGCCUCCGCUCAUCAAUUCCUCGGGGCUGGUCCUGGUGCAGGUGCUGGACGUGAACGACAACGCCCCCAUCUUCGUGAGCAGCCCCUUCCAGGCGGCCGUGCUAGAGAACGUGCCCCUUGGCCACUCGGUGCUGCACAUCCAGGCGGUGGACGCGGACGCAGGGGAGAACUCCCGCCUGCGCUAUCGGCUGGUGGACACGGCCUCCACCUCCGUCGGGGGUGGUGGGCCUGCGUCCCAGGACCCUGCAUCUCCCCCGGACUUCCCUUUCCAGAUCCACAACAGCUCGGGCUGGAUCACCGUGUGCGCGGAGCUGGACCGUGAGGCAGUGGAGUACUACAGCUUCGGGGUGGAGGCGGUGGACCAUGGCUCGCCUCCCAUGAGCUCCUCGGCCAGCGUGUCCAUCACGGUGCUGGACGUGAAUGACAACGACCCGGUAUUCACGCAGCCGGUGUACGAGCUGCGUCUGAACGAGGACGCCGCUGUGGGGAGCAGCGUGCUGACCCUGCGGGCACGUGACCGGGAUGCCAACAGUGUCAUCACCUACCAGCUCACCGGCGGCAACACCCGCAACCGCUUUGCCCUCAGCAGCCAGAGCGGCGGCGGCCUCAUCACCCUGGCGCUGCCGCUGGACUACAAGCAGGAGCGGCAGUACGUGCUGGCCGUGACCGCGUCCGAUGGCACCCGCUCGCACACCGCUCAGGUCUUCAUCAACGUCACUGACGCCAACACCCACCGGCCGGUCUUCCAGAGCUCGCACUACACUGUGAGUGUCCGCGAGGACCGGCCGGUGGGCACCUCCGUUGCCAGCAUCAGCGCCACCGACGAGGACACCGGCGAGAACGCUCGCAUCACCUACGUGCUGGAGGACCCCGUCCCGCAGUUCCGCAUCGACCCGGACACGGGCACCAUCUACACCAUGACUGAGCUGGACUACGAGGACCAGGCCGCCUACACCCUGGCCAUCACCGCCCGGGACAACGGCAUCCCUCAGAAGUCCGACACCACCUCCCUGGAGAUCCUCAUCCUCGACGCUAAUGACAACGCGCCCCGCUUCCUGCGGGAUUUCUACCAGGGCUCCGUCUUCGAGGACGCGCCGCCGUCCACCAGCGUCCUCCAGGUCUCCGCCUCCGACCGGGACUCGGGCCCCAACGGCCGUCUGCUCUACACCUUCCAGGGCGGGGACGACGGGGACGGGGACUUCUACAUCGAGCCCACGUCCGGUGUGGUCCGCACCCAGCGCCGCCUGGACCGGGAGAAUGUGGCGGUGUACCUCCUCCGGGCCCUGGCUGUGGACCGGGGGAGCCCUGCGCCCCUCAGUGCCUCAGUGGACAUCCAGGUGAGCGUCCUGGACAUUAAUGACAACCCCCCGGUCUUUGAGAGGGACGAGCUGGAGCUGUUUGUGGAGGAGAACAGCCCCGUGGGGUCUGUGGUGGCCAGGAUUCGUGCCAGUGACCCCGACGAGGGCCCCAACGCCCAGAUCAUGUAUCAGAUCGUGGAGGGCAACGUGCCCGAGGUCUUCCAGCUGGACCUGCUGAGCGGCGACCUGCGCGCUCUGGCCGAGCUGGACUUCGAGGUCCGGCGGGAGUACGUGCUGGUGGUGCAGGCCACCUCGGCCCCGCUGGUGAGCCGGGCCACCGUGCGCAUCCGCCUCCUGGACCAAAACGACAACCCGCCCGUGCUGCCCGACUUCCAGAUCCUCUUCAACAACUACGUCACCAAUAAGUCCAACAGCUUCCCCACAGGCGUGAUCGGCCGCAUCCCAGCGCACGACCCCGACCUCUCCGACAGCCUCAACUACACCUUCCUGCAGGGCAAUGAGCUCCAGCUGCUGCUGCUGGACCCAGUGACCGGCGAGCUGCAGCUCAGCCGGGACCUGGACAACAACCGGCCGCUGGAGGCGCUCAUGGAGGUGUCUGUUUCUGAUGGCGUCCACAGUGUGGCCGCGCUCUGCACCCUACGGGUCACCAUCAUCACGGACGACAUGCUGACCAACAGCAUCACCGUCCGUCUGGAGAACAUGUCGCAGGAGAAGUUCCUCUCCCCACUGCUGUCCCUGUUCGUGGAGGGCGUGGCCACGGUGCUGUCCACCACCAAGGAGGACGUCUUCGUCUUCAACAUCCAGAACGACACGGAUGUCAGCGCCAACAUCCUGAACGUGACCUUCUCGGCCUUGCUCCCCGGUGGUGUCCGCGACAAGUUCUUCCCGUCGGAGGACCUGCAGGAGCAGAUCUACCUGAAUCGGACGCUGCUGACGGCCGUGUCCGCCCAGCGCGUGCUGCCCUUCGACGACAACAUCUGCCUGCGCGAGCCCUGCGAGAACUACAUGAAGUGCGUGUCGGUGCUCAAGUUCGACAGCUCGGCGCCCUUCAUCAGCUCCACCACCGUGCUCUUCCGGCCCAUCCACCCCAUCACCGGGCUGCGCUGCCGCUGCCCACCCGGCUUCACGGGCGACUACUGCGAGACGGAGAUCGACCUCUGCUACUCCAGCCCCUGCGGCACCCACGGCCGCUGCCACAGCCGCGAGGGCGGCUACACCUGCGAGUGUCUGGAGGACUUCACAGGAGAGCACUGCGAGGUGAAUGCGCGCUCGGGCCGCUGCGCCCACGGGGUGUGCAGGAACGGGGGCACCUGCGUCAACUUGCUCGUCGGCGGCUUCCACUGCGUGUGUCCUCCCGGCGCGUUCGAGAGGCCCUACUGCGAGGUGACCACCAGGACCUUCCCGCCCCGGUCCUUUGUCACCUUCCGAGGCCUGAGGCAGCGUUUCCACUUCACCGUCUCCCUCACGUUUGCCACCCGGGAGAGGGACGCCCUGCUGCUCUACAACGGGCGCUUCAACGAGAAGCACGACUUCAUCGCCCUGGAGAUCGUGGGUGAGCAGGUGCAGCUCACCUUCUCAGCAGGUGAGACUACGACCACGGUGACACCCCAGGUCCCCGGGGGCGUGAGCGACGGGCGCUGGCACUCGGUCCAGGUGCAGUAUUACAACAAGCCCAACAUCGGCCGCCUGGGCCUGCCGCACGGGCCAUCUGGAGAGAAGGUGGCCGUGGUGACCGUGGACGACUGUGACACGGCCGUGGCUGUGCGCUUCGGCAGCCUUGUCGGGAACUACAGCUGCGCUGCCCAGGGCACACAGAGCGGCUCCAAGAAGUCCCUGGACCUGACCGGGCCUCUGCUCUUGGGCGGCGUCCCCGACCUGCCCGAAGCCUUCCCGGUGCACAAUCGACAGUUUGUGGGCUGCAUGCGGAACCUGACCGUGGACGGGAGGAACGUGGACAUGGCCAGCUUCAUUGCCAACAACGGCACAAGGGCAGGCUGCGCUGCUCAGAGGAACUUCUGUGAGGGGACCUGGUGUCAGAAUGGGGGCACCUGUGUCAGCCGGUGGGACACCUACCUCUGUGAGUGCCCACUCCGGUUCGGCGGGAAGAACUGCGAACAAGUCAUGCCGCACCCCCAGCGCUUCAGCGGGGAGAGCCUCGUGUCCUGGAGCGACCUGGACAUCACCAUCUCCGUGCCCUGGUACCUGGGGCUCAUGUUCCGGACCAGGAAGGAGGAUGGCGUGCUGAUGGAGGCUGUGGCAGGCGCAUCCUCCAGGCUCCAUCUCCAGAUCCUAAACAAGUAUGUCCAGUUCGAGGUGUCCCAUGGUCCCUCAGACGUGGCUUCCAUGAGGUUGUCCAGGUCCCGUGUGACUGAUGGGGAGUGGCACCACCUGUUGAUAGAACUGAAGAGCGCAAAGGAGGGCAAAGACAUCAAGUACCUGGCAGUCAUGACCUUGGACUAUGGGUUGGACCAGGACACGGUGCAGAUCGGGAACCAGCUCCCAGGCUUGAGGAUGAGAAGCGUCGUCGUGGGCGGCGUGUCAGAGGAUAAGGUCACGGUGCACCGCGGUUUCCGGGGCUGUAUGCAGGGAGUGAGGAUGGGGGAGACGUCCACCAACAUCGCCACGCUGAACAUGAACGACGCCCUCAAGGUCAGGGUGAAGGACGGCUGUGACGUGGAGGACCCGUGCUCCUCCAGCCCCUGCCCUCAGCACAGCCACUGCCGGGACACCUGGGACAGCUACUCCUGCAUCUGCGACAAAGGGUACGUCGGAAGGCAAUGUGUGGACGUGUGCCAUCUGAACCCCUGUGAGCAUGUCUCGGCAUGCGUGCACAGGCCCGGCUCCCUGCGGGGCUAUGCGUGCGAGUGCGGGCCUGGCCACUACGGCCAGUACUGCGAGAACAGGAUUGACCUUCCGUGCCCCAAAGGCUGGUGGGGGAACCCCGUGUGCGGACCUUGCCACUGUGCCGUCAGCAAAGGCUUUGAUCCCGACUGUAACAAGACCAACGGGCAGUGCCAGUGCAAGGAGAAUCACUACAGGCCCCCGGGUCAAGAUGCCUGCCUGCCGUGUGACUGCUUCCCGCACGGCUCGCACAGCCGGGCCUGUGACAUGGACACGGGGCAGUGUGUCUGCAAGUCCGGCGUCAUCGGCCGCCAGUGCAAUCACUGUGACAACCCUUUCGCCGAGGUCACCACGCUCGGCUGUGAAGUGAUCUACAACGGAUGUCCCAGAGCAUUUGAGGCUGGCAUCUGGUGGCCACAGACCAAGUUUGGGCAGCCGGCGGCGGUGCCGUGCCCCAGGGGCUCCGUGGGCAACGCCGUGCGACACUGCAGCGGGGAGAAGGGCUGGCUGCCCGCGGAGCUCUUCAACUGUACCACCAUCUCCUUCCUGGAGCUCAAAGCCACGAACGAGAGGCUGAGCCGCAACGAGACGCAGAUGGACGGCGACCGGUCCGUGCGGCUGGCCAAGGCACUGCGGAACGCCACGCGCCCCCCGGGCCCGCUCUUUGGCAACGACGUGCGCACGGCCUACCAGCUGCUGGCCCGCGUCCUGCUGCAUGAAAGUGGCCGCCAGGGCUUCGAGCUGGCGGCCACGCGGGACGCCGACUUCCACCAGGACGUGGUCCACACAGGCAGCACGCUUCUGGCCCCGGACACGCAGGCCGCGUGGGAGCAAAUCCAGCGGAGCGAGGGGGGCACCGUGCGGCUGCUGGGCGGCUUCGAGGCCUACGUCACCAACCUGGCGCGCAACGUUCGGAGGACCUACCUGAGGCCUUUUGUCAUCGUCACCGCCAACAUGAUUCUGGCCGUCGACAUCUUCGACACGUUCAACUUCACGGGAGCCAGGGUGCCGCGAUUCCAGGACAUCCGUGAUGAGUUCCCAAAGGAGUUGGGGUCCUCGGUGUUCUUCUCCGCCGACUUCUUCAAGCCGCUGGAGAGCAAAGGGACCCCCAUGGUGCAGCCGGCCGGUCGGAAAGCCACCCCGCAGGCGGCGCCCCCGGGGCCUGGCGCGGAGGGGGAGGCCCCAUUCAGGAGGCGGAAGAGGCAUCCAGACGAGCCCGGCCGGUUCGCCGUCGCCCUUGUCAUCAUCUACCGGACCCUAGGCCAGCUCCUGCCCGAGCGCUAUGACCCUGACCGCCGCAGCCUCCGGCUGCCCAACCGGCCAGUCAUUAACACGCCGGUGGUGAGCGCCGUGGUGUACAGCGAGGGGGCUGCCCUGCCCAGCCCCCUGGAGAGGCCUGUCCUGGUGGAGCAUGUCCUGCUAGAGACCGAGGAGCGCACCAAGCCCGUCUGCGUGUUCUGGAAUCACUCCAUCACGAUCGGGGGAACGGGAGGGUGGUCGGCCAAGGGCUGCGAGCUGCUGUCCCGGAACCGGACCCACGUCGCCUGCCAGUGCCGCCACACGGCCAGCUUCGCCGUGCUCAUGGACGUCUCCAGACGUGAGCACGGAGAUGUCCUGCCCCUGAAGAUCGUCACCUACGCUGCUGUGUCCUUGUCGCUGGCCGCCCUGCUGGUGGCCUUCGUCCUCCUCGCGCUGGCACGGACGCUACGCUCCAACCUGCACGGCAUCCACAGGAACCUCAUCGGGGCGCUCUUCUGCUCCCAGCUGGUGUUUGUGAUCGGGAUCGCCCAGACCGGAAACCCGUUCCUGUGCACGGUCGUCGCCAUCCUCCUGCACUACGUCUACACCAGCACCUUCGCCUGGACCUUUGUGGAGGGCCUGCAUGUCUACCGCAUGCUGACCGAGGUGCGCAACAUCGACGCUGGGCCCAUGAGGUUCUACUAUGUCGUGGGCUGGGGCAUCCCGGCCAUCAUCACAGGACUCGCAGUGGGCCUGGACCCCCAGGGCUAUGGAAACCCCGACUUCUGCUGGCUGUCCCUUCGAGACACCCUGAUCUGGAGCUUCGCCGGGCCCAUAGGAGCGGUUAUCAUUGUCAACACAGUCAUUUUUGUCCUGUCUGCGAAGGUUUCCUGUCAAAGAAAGCACCAUUAUUAUGAAAGGAAAGGGGUUGUCCCCCUGCUGCGGACGGCCUUCCUGCUGCUGCUGCUCGUCAGCGCCACCUGGCUGCUGGGGCUGCUGGCCGUGAACCGCGACGCACUGGCCUUCCACUACCUCUUCGCAGUCUUCAGCUGCUUACAGGGUCUCUUCGUCCUCCUGUUCCACUGCGUGCUCAACAGAGAGGUCAGGAAGCACCUGAAGGCAGUGCUUGCUGGGAAGAAGCUGCACCUGGAUGACUCCGCCGCCACGAGGGCCACCCUGCUGACGCGCUCCCUCAACUGCAACCACACGUACAGCGAGGAGCCCAACAUGUUCCGCACGGCCCUGGGCGAGUCCACUGCCUCACUGGACAGCACCGUCAGGGACGGAGCGGGUCAGAAGCUCAGUGUGUCCUCUGGGCCAGCACGGGGCGGCCAUGGGGAGCCAGAUUCGUCCUUUGUCCCCAGAAGCACCAAGAAGCACCACGAGCACGACUCGGACUCGGACAGCGAGCUGUCCCUGGAUGAGCAAAGCAGCUCCUACGCCUCCUCGCACUCCUCAGACAGCGAGGACGAUGGGGCGGAGGCCGAGGGCAAGUGGGACUCGGCUCGGGGCCCCGUCCACAGCACCCCUAAAGUGGACGCCGUGGCCAACCACAUCCCGGCCGGCUGGCCUAGCGAGAGCCCGGCUGGCAGCGACAGUGAGGAGCCUGGCGACCAGCCGCGCCUGAAGGUCGAGACCAAGGUCAGCGUGGAGCUGCACCUGGACGAGCAGGGCAACCACUGCGGGGAGCGGCCCCCGGAGCAGGAGAGCGGCGGCCCGCCGAGGCCCGCGAGCGUGCUCCCCAGCCAGCCCCCGGAGCAGAGAAAAGGCAUCUUGAAAAACAAGGUCACCUACCCGCCGCCGCUGACCGAGAAGAGCCUCAAGUCGCGGCUGCGGGAGAAGCUGGCCGAGUGCGAGCAGAGCCCCGCGUCUUCGCGCUCGUCCUCCGUGGGCUCGAGCGACGGGGCCCGCGCCCCCGACGGCACCAUCACCAUCAAGAGCCCGCGCCGGGAGCCGGGGCGCGAGCACCUCAACGGGGUGGCCAUGAACGUGCGGGCCGGGAGCGCCCAGGCGGCGGGCUCCGACUCCGAACUUCUAAGGGAGGAGCGAAGAGCGGGAGCCAGGUCUUCUGGAACGGCGCUCUGAAAACUGAGUUUGGUUGCCUCACAGCAGGGCAGGCUGUGUGGGCGCUGGUGGGCAUGGCCCUCCCGGGGGCCCUGGGUGUCAGGGUGCAGACUCGACUGCCCCCUCUCCUGCCUAGUGUAGCUACGUCCACGUGCGAGCUUGUCUCUCUCUGCGCCCCCUGACUGGGGGAUUCUGCCCCCCCCGUCCUGUGUUGGGGGGGUAGGUGUCUGCCCCAGCGUGACCUCCAACCUGGCCCCCCUGCUGGCUUCAUGCGUAGCAAGGGCCAUUCUUGCUGACUUCCGCCUGCCUGAUGGCUUCUUCCCACGCACAGAGGCAGUAACGAAACUUCAAUCUGAACCGUCAGGAAACCGUGAGACAAGCCCACCGUCUCCAGCCAGGCCUCUGUGCUGCACUGACACACGCUUGGACCUUGGAAACCCAGGGGGCCACUGCCCUGGCAGUGAAGGGGGUCCUGCGGUGGCAGCCCCAUGACUGGUGUGACCCACAGUCCAGACACAAAGCCCCAGGCUGCCCCCAGGGGCCCAGGGCCCAGUUGACCCGUGACAAGUGCCAAAGGCCAUGGGCACGAGGAUGCGUGUGUGGGCUCCCGGGCUGGCUCAUCUGGAUCCCGACUGCGGACAGAGGCAGAGCCGUGCACCGGCAGGCCAGGAAUGGGCCCAGCACGAGAGCUGGCAGGGCCGGAAGCUGCCAGGCCUGGCUUGCUGGGGUUCGGGGGUGCCAGGCGUAGGCGGAAGACGGAGGCCCACUGGCCAUGCGGGCACCCCCUGCAGCACAGACCCCUGGUCGGUGGCCUUGAUGGCCCUUUGCAGACAUUCCUCAUCUUGAAGCAAACUACUGUCUUUUGUUGAAAACGUGUAGAUACUUCUCUAUAUAUUUGUACGGGACUCUGAGAAGGUGGAAAGCCUAUGUAUAUUUUGCAUUUGUACUGUUGAUACUGGGAGAUCCGUGGGACGAUCUCUCACUAUUUUUUUUAUACAAGGAAGAUUGCACAGUUGUACUUGAACCUGGCAUGCGUUGAUGCAACAGGUGUCCCGGUAGAUCAGAGUGGGAAGUGCGUCGGGGAGAGGCCGUCCUCGAACAGAGGCUCCUGCCCCUGUGCUCGGCUAGAACGCAGGGAUUGUGUGGGCAUCGCGAGCGACCGCCUGAAUUCAUGGCGCGUUUCUGGGACGUGUGUCCUCCGCUCCCAGCCGCCCCAACUGUGAUGGAUCAGAGACAGGGCAGCCUACGACAGGCUAUGACGAUCCAUCCCACGGAUCUCCCAGCAGCCUACAAUGGGGCGGGACGGAGGGAGCCCCCCGAGGUUGGUGGUGGAGAAACAUAGGUGACCUAGCUCUGGCCCUUCCCUGGCCGCCCCCACCCCGGACUCAUGCUCCGCCUGCGGCGCCUCCCUGGCCCUCGUCCCAGUCAUGGGGUACCGCAGGUGGGGAUGUCUUUUGUCCCUCUGCUCCUGUUCCCGGUGGAUCUUACAGUGCUCACAUGUUCCCGAUUUAGAUGGAGGUGUGGGGCCUUCCAGGAUGUCACAUUCCUUCCUGCCAAAUUGUCCAGUUCUUUGAGACGCCGAGGAUCCCCGGGCGGGCUGGGGCCCCGCCCCCAGAACCCAACCAAUUACUUCAUUUUGCUUCAAAUGGCCAAUUGUGCAGAGGGACAAAGCCACAGCCACAGCCAUGGUUACCAAGCUGUUUUUUGGAAGCUCGUACGAGGAGCGGCUGUGCCUGUCCCACAGUGGGCACUUGGCACGGCGUGGCCGCAGGGGCUGUGGAACGGGGCCCAGAAUGACUCAGACACGUCUCCUUCUUGUGUUGCCUUUGUUCUUCCAGUCAGGCGCCCAAAUGCACGGUUAGCACCGCUGCCUCCACAUACGAGAAACCGUAAAACAGGAAGAGAAUCAAGUCAAAGCGAAGGUUUCUGCUCCGUGUUGAUGCAACGUGAGCACUGUUCACUACCACACCGGGAACAGCAGGUGCGGGGCGGGUCUCGGCCACACACCUCACACAGGAGUGACACGACACCGCGGGGUCCACACGCGGGAUGAAUUACAAAUGUGCCUUAGCGGGCGAGCGGCAUUUUGAAGGCAGAAGGGUGUCUUCGGACGUUUACCCGACCAGCCCUUUUCCUAAGUACAAACAGUGAACACCCUCGAGUCGGACCCCCCCCACCGCGUCCUCACUCUUCCACAGCUGGGUCCUGCCCCUUGAGCUGCAGUUUUCAAUCUGAUCAGAAUUGUUACCAAAAAACAACUGUCCGUUGUAUUAAGACAGGAAAAACUGUAAACCUAGUUUUGUGACUUAAGACUUUAUGAGAAAUGAGACACUGGAGAUUUUUUUUUUUUUUAACAAAUGUCUAUUUAUUGAUAUUGGAAACACUGGAAUUACAACACCAGAGAAGAGUCUGCAAUAAAUUAAGAUUUUUGAA